UUGUGGGGCGUACACGUUGAAAUACAUGUUGUCAUGGGACGGAAAUGAAAUGACGGAUUAUUUCACGCGGGCGCUGAUAGAUAUUUUUAGCUUCAAAAUAUGCUCAAGGCUGCUGCGUUCAGAUUGCAACCCGCUUCGAAAAGAAUCCUACAAGAAACCUAUAACGAAAGAGAACUAUACUGCCAGCAUUGCACAGGAUCCUAAAGAUGCGGAAGACGACAUCAGGGAAAUCAGCAAUCCUAAUGUUUCCGAGAAACCCAAGGAAGACGUCGUCAUGGAAACCAGCCCUCCUAGAUCCAAGCGCAAACGUGGCCGUCCGAGAAAAGUAAAGACUAACACUCCUACCGAUACUGUCGAACAAAAAAUUGCCACCGAGACUCCCGCUGGACUCGCCGACGGCAAACGCAUACGCAAACCAUCAAAAACAAAGACCAGCCCGUACACAACACCAUGA